AGAUGAUCUGACCAAGAGGAGAAGAAGAAGAGAGAGGAUCCCAACCCCACCACCUCUCCUCCUCCUCCUCUCUCUCUCUCCGAUCUGCCUCGCCGCCGCCGCGGCUGCUCUUCUCCUCUCGCCUCGCCUCGUGCGCGCGGCGAGUUCGACCUCCUCCUCCUCCUCUCCGAGCCCCCGCCUCCCCUGGCUGCGGGCGGGGGGUUUCGAGGGGGUGGACGCGGCCUCCGUGUCGGCUUCGGCUCGGAUCGAAUUCAAAGAAGAGGUUGGAAACCUUGGUGGUGUAGUUAGUGCCACCGCCCCUGUCUGGAGUGGCAUGUAGUUUUCGCAAGGCUUUGUUUAUGAUUUUGUCGAUGGCGAGGAGAUGAAGGCAUCGCAGGUGUGGCAACGGGGCAGCAAGGACAUGACAGCCAUGCCCCCUCCGCGCCAACGAGGCGCCGCCAAGAAGCCCAUGUGGAUAAUCGUGCUGCUGUCGCUGGUGUGCGUCGCGCUCAUCGGGGCCUACGCGUACCCUCCGCGCCGCUACUCCGCGUGCUACUUCUUCGCUUCGAGCGUCUGCACUCCUUUCAAGGAUUGGCUCCCUACUGUGACCCGACGGGAGCGAACAGACGAAGAGAUCGUCUCGUCUGUUGUUAUGAGGGAUCUCCUUGCAAUGCCCAUGCCUGUCUCGAAGAAUCCAAAGAUUGCCUUGAUGUUCUUAACACCAGGUUCAUUGCCCUUUGAGAAACUAUGGGAGAAAUUUCUACAGGGUCAUGAGGAUCGAUAUUCCAUUUAUAUCCAUGCAUCGCGUGAAAGACCUGUACAUUCUAGUUCUUUGUUUGUUGGCCGAGAGAUUCAUAGUGAAAAGGUUGUAUGGGGGAGGAUUUCAAUGGUUGAUGCGGAGAAGAGGCUGCUAGCAAAUGCAUUGGAAGAUGUUGAUAAUCAAUUUUUCGUCUUGCUAUCGGACAGCUGUGUUCCACUACAUACAUUUGAUUACAUAUAUAAUUUUUUGAUGGGAACAAACGUCAGCUUCAUUGAUUGCUUCCUUGAUCCUGGACCACAUGGAAGCGGAAGGUAUUCUGUGGAAAUGCUCCCUGAAAUAGAACAGAGGGACUUCAGGAAGGGUGCCCAGUGGUUUGCUGUAACACGAAGGCAUGCUUUACUGAUUUUAGCAGACCACCUUUACUACAAUAAGUUCGAGCUGUAUUGCAAGCCAGCAGAGGGACGCAACUGUAUUGCUGAUGAGCAUUAUUUGCCAACCCUCUUCAAUAUGGUAGAUCCUGGUGGAAUCUCUAAUUGGUCAGUGACACAUGUUGAUUGGUCUGAAGGAAAAUGGCAUCCAAGGUCGUAUAGAGCUAUUGAUGUUACCUAUGCACUCUUGAAGAACAUAACGGCUAUCAAAGAGAACUUCCGUAUUACAAGUGAUGAUAAGAAAGUUGUGACAAUGACACCCUGUAUGUGGAACGGAACAAAGAGACCAUGCUACCUUUUUGCUAGAAAGUUUUACCCAGAAGCUCUCAACAACCUACUGAAGCACUCCAGCUACACGUCCACUUGAGCUCUACACGAUUCUUUGCUUUUGGCCUAGGAAUUCCCUAGGAUUUAUUUCUUCUUCUAUUUUAUGUAAAUUGUGAAAUUGAUAUUUAGCUGCGUAACACAGAUUCAGGGCCAGAGACAUAUCAACGUUGCUGCGGCAAUGGCGAUGUCUUGCAAAUUCUGAGUCCCUAGGUAGGGCUGAGGCGAUAUUUAUUUAGUUUUGAUACAGCCCUCAUUGUAACAUGUUGUGCUUUUUUGUAUGUUGCUAUGAGCUGCUCUUCACGCCCACAUUUUCUCUCUUUUCUUUCUAGUUUCCUAGCUCCUCCCAUCUGUUGAGGAAUAGGCGUUUUUGUCAGAUUGGAACUGUUAUUAUAUGAUCCAUUCUUUGUAGACAUGAAGAGAUUAUUAUGACACCAGCACAACCUUACAGUUAAUCUGCCCUCUUGAGUUUUGUUUA